AUGGUUGCAACAGAAGAGCCAGAGACGAUGUCUCAAACCGGAGUCUCCGAAGGAAAAUAUGCUGAAGUUAAAACACCGUACUCUAUCUAUGCCUCCGAAAAUCUUGGAGCUAUGAUUACAUCGGUGGUGUUGAAGGGAGAGAACUACAAUGAAUGGUCUAGUGAGAUGACGAAUGCACUCAGAGCAAAGCGAAAAUUGGGUUUCAUCGAAACAUCGAUUGAGCCUCGUGUUAGGUCCACGGUCACGUUCAUUCAAGAUGCACACAAGUUGUGGGAGAAUCUUAGAAAACGGUUCUCAGUUGGGAACAAGGUGAGAAUUCAUCAUCUUAAAGAGCAACUAGCAGUUUGCAGACAGGAAGGACAUGCAGUUAUCGAUUACUUUGGGUGUUUGUCGAAGCUGUGGGAAGAACUGGACAUGUAUAAGCCACUUCCAUCGUGUACCUGCAGUGCGAUUGCAGAGUUUGAGAAGGAUAGAGAAGAGAAGAAGAUACAUCAGUUUGUUAUGGGUUUAGAUCAAACUCGAUUUGGGGGAAUGUGUCAAGGAAUCAUCUCAUCUGACUCGACACUUGACAUUGGUGAAAUUUACUCCAAAGUUGUUAGAGAAGAACAACGCCUCAACUCGAUUAGAGAACACGAAACACAACAGAAUGCUGUAGGCUUUGUGGCCAAGAAGGAGCUCGGAUCAACCAAUGGAGAUCAGACGACGCCACAUACAGAUUCUGGAAGAAGAGAUCGUGUUACUCAGUGUGCUCAUUGCGGUCGCAGUGGUCAUGACAAGGCAAACUGUUGGCAGUUAGUCGGUUUCCCGGACUGGUGGGAAGAUCGAGCAAACAGAAGAGACAGAGGAAGUAACAGAGGUGGCGCCAGAGGUGGACGUGGACGAGGUGCAUUCCCGUCCGAUAGGAAAAGGAGCAGUGGAGCCAAGGCGCAUGCUACCACAUCUAACUCUUCGUCGUUCCCAGAGUUCACACAGGAACAAUGGAGAGCACUGUCACAAUUGCUUUCCGAGAACGCAAACUCUUCUUCCGACAAACUCUCUGGUAAGAGUAAGUUUGGUGAUCUUAUUCUGGAUACGGGAGCUUCGCAUCACAUGACCGGUGAAAUCUCGUUCCUAGAAAAUGUCGAGAGCAUAGCUCCGUGUCCGGUGGGCUUUGCAGAUGCCAAUAAGACUUUUGCCACGCAUGUUGGAAGUUUUAAACUUUCAGAUCGAAUUGUACUCGAUCAGGAUCGUUUCUCGAGGACCCUGAUUGGAGCCGGUAGAGAGCGAGAUGGGGUGUAUUACUUUAAGGACGUCAUAGCUGCAAGGGUUCAUCGCAUGGCUACUCCAGUUGUCAGUGCAGUGGAUCAGUUACGGUGGCACCAGAGGCUCGGACAUCCUUCAUCUUCAGUUUUAUCGGGCAAAGCAAACUAG